GAUAGGAAUGGAAUCAUUAUUGAAAAGUAUAUAUUUGGAAACUUAAAUAAAAAGAUAGGAUCGAGGAAACGAGCACGAGAUAGAUCUGAAGAAGAAAUAGCUGAUAAUGUAUCAGUCAUCUCUAACAAUGAUGACUAUUUAGACCAAGAUAUGACUUCGCGUGAUUCUGAUUCAUUGAGAAAAGGAGAAACCGCAUAUUCAAUACUCAAAAAAAAUCCAAAUCUUUUUAUGAAAGUAUCACAAUUAAAAGCAUUGAAACCAGUAAAUGAUUGGAUAAGUGAUAAUAUUUUAAAUAAACAAAAAAGAAAGCCAGGUUGUAAGUGUUCUGUUCUCGUCAUGAAAAAUAGAAAGGGAAAAUGGAGUCUUGUAGAAUCAUUGGUAAAUUGUAGGAUAAAGAUCGCACAUUUUCGUAACGAAUUUCAACCACAUGUAUACAACUCCAAUGAAUGUGACGUGUUAUGUUUAGACAACAUUUACGAUUUUACCACAACAAAUAAAAUGAAUGAACGG